GUGUAAUGUGAAAAUCGUCGUGCUCUGCUCCUGCUCAGUUUCAGGAGAGCAGAAACAGAGCACUCUGUUUCUGCUCCGCCUCUGCUGCAUCCAAGAUUUUCACGAAAGGAACACAACACACAGAGAGGCAGACAUCAUCUUCAUUCGUAUCAUAAUGCCCGCAAUCAUUGUUCUUGGUUGCCUCACCCGCAUGCCCCCCGUCUCCCUCUUCCCCUUUCUCUCUCUCUCUCUCUCUCUCCCCCUCCCUCCAUCUCCUCUCUCUCUCUGUUCCCCCACCUAUAAGUACUCUGCAAUCCCUGUUCUGUCUCUCACCAGUAGUAUUCCCUCUGCUCACUCACUCUCUCUGUCUCUGAAGCUAUCAGUCUUUACCGCUUAGUCUCUACUGCUUCGAACCAAUACAAUACAAUACAAUACAAUACACCGCCAGUUCUUCUUCUAACCCAUAUCCGAAUCCUGCAAUGGCUGCUUCGGGUUUCGAGGGCUUCGAGAAGCGCCUGGAGCUCCACUUCUUCGGGGACGACCCCGCCUCUGGCCUGUCCCUGUCCCACCACGGCCUCAGGCUGCUUGACUCCGGCUCGCUCGAGGACGUGUUGCACGCAGUCCAGUGCACCAUAGUGUCAGCCGUCGGCAACCAGUACUUCGACUCCUACGUGCUGUCGGAGUCGAGCUUAUUCAUAUACCCUACCAAGAUCAUCAUCAAGACCUGCGGCACCACCCAGCUGCUCAAGUCGGUCCGGCCGCUUAUCGUCCUAGCGCGCACCCUCGGCCUGUCGCUGGGGUCGUGCCGGUACACCCGGGGCAGCUUUAUCUUCCCCGAAGCACAGCCCUUCCCCCACACGAGCUUCAAGGAUGAAGUUGUCUACUUGGAAGAGAGCUUGCCCAGCAGUCUCUGCUUCAGGAAGGCUUCGAUAAUGCACUCAAAAGUGGGAUCCCAUUCUUGGCAUGUCUUCACUGCCUGUGAUGCCACUGCUGAAAUGGCGGUCCGGCCCGUGCCCGAUGACUUGUUCACCAUCGAGGUCUGCAUGACGGAGCUUGAUCGAGCCCAGGCUCGUAAGUUCUUCCAGAGCCCCGGGCGGGUUGGGAAGUUUACUGGAGACUCUGCCGGGAGAGCCAUGACUGCUCUCACGGGCAUUGAUCAAAUCAACCCCGCAGCCCUCAUUUGCGACUUUGCAUUCGAACCCUGUGGAUACUCGAUGAAUGGCAUCGACGGUGAUCGCUAUUCCACCAUCCAUGUGACCCCAGAGGAUGGGUUCAGCUAUGCGAGCUACGAGUGCGUCGGUUCCGUGUACGAUGAUCUCAAUGACGUCAUCAGGGUUCUGAGGAAGGUGGGGCAGAUAUUCCGCCCGGGGACCAUGUCCGUGUCGAUCACAUGCCCCAGCGCCGAUUCAUGGACGUGGGUCGCCAGGGCCCUGGAGCCACUGGGCCUGAAGCGCCGGAGCUGCAAUAUGGACGAGUUUCCUGAAGCCGGGACGGUCGUCUUCCAGACAUUCACGAUGACAACGGCUCGCCGUAAAUAGCGGGGGACGGGCUACUCGAUCUCGUCGGUAGAUACGUGGUGGAUUGGCGUAAAAGGAAAAAAAAAAAAGACAGAGAUAAAAAAGAGAGGGAGGGGAGUACAAAGAGAGAGAGCAGUAGGGUUUCAUUAGUAGAAAGGAUUAGGAGGGGGUCAAUGUCAAAAAAUAUUGGUUAAUUAAUAGCUUGUGAGUAAAAAUUAAUCAAUAUGGGGGGGUGGUUAUGGAAUAUUUUUAUUUCUUGGGAGGUAGAAAGUUGAUGAAAUGAAAAGUUGGGGGUUGACUUGAGUAGAAAGAAAGUGAUGGAAAAGAUGGCGAGUGAGAUGAUGUGGGGGAAGGGGGAAGUAGUGAGAAAGGGGAAGGGGAUCAUAAUGAUAAUGCACCCCACUUAGGUUUGUCACGCCUAAGAGAAUUUUUGAGGGCUCAAUUCAAUGUUGUAGUGAUGUGAGGAGAAAGUGGAUCAUGUUUUUGGGUUGAAGGUUGUGCGAAUUUUUACCAA